AUGCGCAACUACUGUGGUUUGGUUCUGAGUAAUAAACAGUACGUCAGUUUAGGGACUUCUAUUGAAAAUAAAAACGUAUUUAACUACGGACGUGAUACUGAAUUUAUUAAAGAAAAAUUAUGGUUCGCUUUAGGAUACGAAUCUUCGUUUCUGUUAGUCGUUGACCGAGGACUGGAAUGCGUUGCUCACGCCAUUGGAAGUGGAUUAUUGUAUGAUUGUCAAAACAUUGAUAUGGAUACGUGGGAUGCUUCCACGUUUUAUGAUUUUGCACAAAAUAUAAUUUAUGGAAAUGUCGAAAGAAUCAGGAUUUGUAAUAUGGUACGUGAUACACUUUCGCUGCUACCAAUGCACCGAUGGUGCAGCGCAGAACUUGAAUCUGUAUUUCAUCCCAAUAUCUGGAAAAACGCUAGUGAAAUCUGUGGCAUUGCACCACUGGGACUACAUAUAGGAUGGGACGGAAAAACGGCUGGGACAUUUCCAUCCGUCAUGACGAAUGAUGUAAGUGCAACCUUUAUUAAAGAAGCUAUUAAAAUACCCGAUUUAGGAAUAAGAAAAUUAUUUUCAAUUUCGCUCCCAAUAUUCAUACCCGGAGCGGAUAUUAUAUACAUUGGAUCUGCACCUGGAGUAGGGUGGUUCGCAGCUAUGAAAGUUACCGGCUUCCAAGGCCGCAUCUUGUCAUUCGAUCCUCGCCCCCUAGACGAGGACAUUAUGUCACCUCAAAUAAACCAUAAAUUACUCAAGAUUACUAGCUUUGAUGAUUUAUUACCAGAACUAGAUGAAAUUAAGAAAUACAUCUUCGUAUGGGACGUUCGUAACGACAUGCCUCAAGAUUGCGCGGAGCGUGAACGUCUUCUUACGUCUGAGAUUGCAAUAUUAACACGCAUUUUGAUGCAUGAAACUUUUCCUAAGCGAGUUUUUCUCGUGCAAAUAAAGGUUAACUUACAUGCCCUCUCUCUAUAUACUUUACCGGAGUGUGGCUUAUUUUACCCACAGCCAUAUACAUUAUCACGAGACGUACUCGAAACACGCUUCAUUGCUUAUAUACCAGACUACGAAGUUAACAUACUGUGUCUGGCUCCGGAUAGCGUAUCAAACUUCUCUCAGACAAUGUAUGCUCUUAAGGAGAAAUACACGAGCGGCACGCUCACAGAUACCGAUCUUUUUGUAAACUUCCUUACUACGCGCUAUAGGCGUUGCGAUUAUAUAGUUGAGAAACCAAUAAUAUCGUGCCUGCACGAGAUCGUCCUAUUUUCAAUAAAUUGUAAUACUCCCGAGAAGGUAAUUAGGUACCUCGAGGCUCUUAAAUCUCGAGUGACUCACUUCCUAAUUAGCUUCUUUACUGGAGCAGCAUUAACCAAAAAUGAAUAUCCGUUCCCUGAAGGUGAGCUUUGCAGACGUGUCGACGAGUGGAGCGUCGGCACAUUAGCGGGUGAGCGAGUCUAUAGCAAACUCACCGGCAAUGACCCAAACUCACAUUCCGAGACUGUGCACACCAUAUUAUCAGAUUGCAUCACCCGUGAACACGUCGGGGAAGAGAUAAAACGCUUUUUGGAGUCGAAUUACGGUACUUUAACUCCUCUUAAACGCUUACCUUCGAGAGGGUCCAGACGUGAUCAAGUCGAGUGGCCUCUCAACCCAAGUCCCGUUGAGGCGGCUGCGCGAAUAUAUGAUAAGGAGCGAAGUAGAAACGCCAGCACUGACUGGUGUAGAUAUUUCCUACAAAAUAAUUCCGGCCAUGAUGUCUGGCGCACUGGAAUUGCGGUACUCCAGGCCGAUAACGUAUCACGUGAUACCAUUGUACAUCAAGAAUAUGUUAAUGCAUUGGACGCAAAUUUUUCUGACCAUGACUCAAGUAAGCACACAUUAUUAGAAACUUUAUUAGCAUGCCUCCGUCUUCGAGAGCCUGAGACGGAUGCUGGUAUGUACUCGCUACUCCAUUAUUGGAAAAAUAAACAUCAUCCAGAAUACAGUAUUAUUCACAAGGCCUUCACUCGUCUAGAGGUAGAUACCUUAAAUUUUAUGGAAAUACUCUCAUUGAUGAAAGAUAUGCAUCAGUCUCUGCUUCUGAUUACAGAACUUGAGCCUGAGGAAGAUCAGAUCGUUUAA